AGAUCAAUAGGGCGGGUAGAUUAGAGUUGGCUGGGAGGUGAGGUCCUGGUCAAAGUCACCCAUCCAUACCCUGCCCGUAUCUCCUCCUUCUCCUUUGACCUUUUCUGCCUUUCUUCCCUCUCACACCAUCCGAGUCCGCCGCUGAGGAAAGACCUCCUGCAGGCUCUUGCAUCAGCGUCUCCACUGCUUCAGUCUAGGCUCCGCACCCUGCACAUUGAUCGAAUCAACCUCAUGCUCUCUCGCAGCGGCAACACCUUCAGACAAGUGGCCACACAAGCAGUGGCUGUAAGCAUCGCACGCUCAGCUCAGCGAGGCGGCUAUGCGACAGCGAGUAAGGUCUUGCGGCGGCCGCUGAAGCAGGACCUUGCACAAUCCUACUCGGGCGUGCAUUUCCCUCCAGCAUCAGGCGAGGACGCCGGUGAUCCCCCUCGACCGCCUCCAGCCUCGACUUCAAGUGCUCCUAGCGAUCAUUCAGACGCAGAUCUUCCACGCUCGACAGAUCAUGCUGUCAUAUCCCUCUUCGACCUCUUCUCCAUCGGCUUGGGCCCCUCUUCCUCCCAUACUAUCGGCCCGAUGCGGGCAGCCCUUAUCUUCAUCCGCGACAUCCUCGACCGGGACCCUACUCUGGUGCCGCGGAUAGCCCGCCUCAAAAUUGCCCUUUUCGGGGCUCUGGCUGCGACUGGAGAAGGCCACCUCACUCCGCAGGCACUGCUAGCCGGCUUUGAGGGCGAGGAUCCAGAAUCAGCGGAUCCGGACGAGGUGCCAGAGAGGUAUGCUGCGAUCCUGAGAGAUAAGAAGCUGCAGCUGGGGCGCAAGGUCCCCGAGCUGGCGGGAGGCAUCGAAGUUGCCUUUGACUACUACAAGGACCUGGCAUGGCAUUGGGAUCGCCAGCUGCCCGUUCAUCCAAAUGGCAUGCGCUUCUCGGUGUUCUCCGUUGAAGGAGACCUACUGGCUACUAAUGAGUACUUCUCAGUCGGGGGAGGCUUCGUGGUCAACGGAUCUCUAGCCACGGACCCGGGUUUAAAUCCUGCCAAAGAUGCUGAAGAAGGCUCCACUGCCUUGGCGUCCGGUGAGAGUAGUACCUCUCACCCUGCAGACGUCAUGGAGAACGUCUUCUACAAGGAAGUGCGGAGGAGCAAUGCUCAUCAGGAGAGGAGGAGCGGGAUGGCACACGUCGAAGACGGCGCCGAGGAUGCGAUGUCGCCUCUGCCGCCACCUCCGAGCGCUAGUGGUGAAGAGGGUGUCACCCUCGAGGCUACGAAAAUGGCAAUGCGAGAGCCGGAAGCUUCCGCUGCUCCUGACGCGGAUCACAUCCCACUGCCCUUCCAUAAUGGCAACUCUCUGCUGCGUCUCUGCUCCAAGCACAAUCUCACCAUUGCUCAGAUUGUCUUCCGGAACGAGCUGACUUGGCGUUCGCCUGACGAGGUGCGAGCGCGCAUAUUCCACAUCUGGGGCGUCAUGGAGGCGGCCAUCCGAUCUGGAUGCCACUCAACAGAAGAGCUGCUCCCUGGACCGAUGAAAGUUCAGAGACGGGCACCAGGACUGUAUCGGCGUCUGAUGCGGGGACUGAGCAGCUCUGCACCCUCCUUGGCUGAGCGAUCCCUUGGCGGUGCGGCCGGGACAGCGGAUGCAAUGGAGGGCGAAGCAUCGUUGGGCGGGCCUGUCGCCAUGGGCUCGUCUUCGGAGACGCCUGGCCUUCCGGCUAUCGGUCUGAGCCCCACAUCCGGGCUCGCACAAUCGAAGCGGGUGCAUGGCUCCCUCAUCCACCAUCCCCUACCCACCCCUCCUCGUCGAUCGAUCUCGAACCCGGACAUUGACCGUCUGUCUGCCUUUGCCAUUGCUGUCAACGAGGAGAAUGCUGCGGGGCGGAGAGUGGUCACGGCACCUACCCUGGGGUCUUGUGGGACUAUUCCGGCGGUGCUGUAUUGGCAUCUCUGCUUCCACUCGGAUGAUCAAGAGAAGGAUGUGGAGACGUUUUUGCUGACCUGCGCAGCGAUUGCUAUGCUCUUCAAGAGGGGUGCAUCUAUUUCAGCUGCCGAGGCAGGGUGCAUGGGCGAGAUCGGUGUAGCGACUGCGAUGGCCGCUGCUGGUCUGACGGCGGUGCUUGGCGGAACACCUUCCCAGAUCGAGCACGCCGCCGAGAUCGGCAUCGAGCACAAUCUGGGCAUGUCAUGCGACCCAGUCGGAGGGCAAGUGCUAAUCCCGUGUGUAGAGCGCAACAGCAUGGGGGCGGUCAAGGCCGUCGUCGCUUCUCAGCUAGCUCUGAGCAGCCAUAGCCACUAUGUGAGCCUGGACGAGGCAAUUGCAGCCAUGAAGGAGACGGCACAGGGUAUGUCCUCGAGAUUCAAGGAGACUUCCCUUGCGGGGUUAGCCACGGCAGUCAAGAUCCCCGUGGCUGUGCCCGCUUGCUAGAGACCGGGGAGAACAGAGGGCGAUAGCCACAAUAGC